AUGGAGAAGACAGCAGAAAAGGUUGAAGGACCUAAGAGUAACAACUCAAAACAAAAUGAUAACGGUUUAGACAUGAAGACCUUAUUCGUCAGGUCUAUUCCUCAAGAUGUCACAGACGAACAGCUAGCAGAUUUUUUCUCUAACUUCGCUCCAAUCAAGCAUGCGGUUGUUGUCAAGGACGUCAACAAAAGAUCUAGAGGUUUCGGUUUUGUUAGUUUUGCUGUGGAAGAUGACACAAAGGAAGCUUUGGCUAAAGCUAGAAAGACCAAAUUUAAUGGCCACGUCUUAAGAGUAGAUGUUGCCAAAAGAAGAGAUCGUUCAAAGAAGUCAUCUGAAGGUGCUGAAAAGAGCGCACCAAAAUCUUUUGAGAAGACUGAAGUUCAGAAAAACGAAAAUGAGGAUGAUGUUGACGAUGAAGACUCUAUGCUAAAGGGUAAGCCUAAGUUAAUCAUUAGGAAUAUGCCAUGGAGCUGCCGUGAUCCCACCAAAUUGAAAAAGAUUUUUGGUAGAUACGGUACUGUUGUUGAAGCUACUAUUCCAAGAAAGCGUGAUGGUAAAUUAUGUGGAUUUGCGUUUGUUACCAUGAAGAAAAUCAGUAACUGUAGAAUUGCUUUAGAAGGCACCAAAGAUCUAACAAUUGAUGGUAGAAAAGUGGCUGUUGAUUUUGCUGUUCAAAAGAACAGAUGGGAAGAUUACAAAAAAGCUCAACCAGAGGCCAAUGUCGAAGGCAGUAAUGAAUCUGAAGACGAGGAAGAAGAUGGCGAAGACGAGGAAGACAAGGAUGAAGAUUUAGAGGAGGAUAUAGAACUAGGCGAUGAUUCUAACGAAAUAGAAGAACCAACGAGAAAAGUGCAAAACAAAAGGGAAGACUUUUCCGUUUUUGUUCGUAACGUGCCUUAUGACGCUACUGAAGAGUCUUUGGCCGCCCAUUUCAGUAAAUUUGGUAGCGUGAAGUACGCAUUGCCUGUUAUCGAUAAGUCUACAGGACUAGCUAAAGGUACAGCUUUUGUAGCUUUCAAAGAUCAGUACACAUACAACGAGUGUGUCAAGAAUGCACCAGUUGCUGGUUCUACUUCUUUGUUGAUAGGUGAUGAUGUUAUGCCUCAAUAUGUUUAUGAGGGUCGUGUCUUGUCCAUUACACCAACAUUGGUAAGGGAAGACGCUGGUAGAAUGGCUGAAAGGAACGCAGCUAAGAGAAAGGAAGUCCUAGGUAAAGCUCCAGGCGAGAAGGAUAGACGUAAUUUGUAUUUAUUGAACGAAGGUAGAGUUGUCGAAGGCUCAAAGAUGGCAGACUUGUUAACUAACACUGACAUGGAAAUCAGAGAAAAAUCUUAUAAAUUAAGAGUGGAACAACUGAAAAAGAACCCAUCUCUACAUUUAUCAAUGACUAGAUUAGCUAUCAGAAAUCUUCCUAGAGCAAUGAACGAUAAAGCUCUAAAAGCAUUGGCUCGUAAAGCUGUGGUAGGAUUUGCCACAGAAGUAAAGAAUAAUGAAAGACAUCCUUUGAGUAAGGAAGAAAUCAUUAGAUCGACGAAAGAAAAGUAUAAGUUUAUGGGCCCAGACGAGAUUGAAUCUCAGAAGAAAAAAGAUAAAAAGAGUGGUAUCGUAAAGCAAGCCAAGGUUAUCAUGGAAGUUAAGGGGUCUACUGCAGGAAGAAGUAGAGGUUAUGGUUUUGUAGAAUUCAGAGAUCAUAAGAACGCUUUAAUGGGCCUAAGAUGGUUGAAUUGUCACGCUGUUACUACCGAAGAAAUUUUGGAAGGGUUGAGUGAUGAAGAAAAGAAGGAAGUAGACGCCGACUUAGGGAAAGGGAGAUGUUUAUGUGUUGAAUUUGCCAUUGAAAAUUCUAACGUUGUUAAAAGAAGAAGAGAACAGUUGAAACAGGCAAGGACCAAGAGAACGAGACCAGAUGAUGAAGCUGCCGAAGAUGCCAGCGAGUCCAACAAGAAGGCAAAGAAGGAAGAAGAAACAACUCCAGCCAAUCCCGACGACAAAAAAAUGGAUGAUGAUAUAAAAAGGAUAAUUGGGUUUAAGCGUAAAAGAAAGCAUGGUAAAAAGUAA